UAAUCAUCUGAGGAAGACUCUUUGGGAAGGGGCACGUUUUGGUUUUCUUCUUCUUCUCUUCUCUCCUCUCCUCUCUAUAAUUCUCCAACUGAAACCAACUCUUGUCUUCUUUCAUGGAAAUUGAAAUUUUAACAACAAGAAACAAAUCAUUACGCCCAAAUUUCGAAAACCCUAGCCCUAGAAAAAACAAUCAAUACAAAAAAUAAAUACAAUGUUUCCGUGGUACAUCACCAAAUCCGCUGAGGCGAUGAUUCCUCGAUGGGCAAUUAAACAUGUUUUAAAAUUCGUGUUUAAGAAGAAACUAGGCAAGUUUAUAAUUGGUGAUAUUGAUUUAGAUCAACUUGAGGUACAAAUUGGUGCUGGUACUGUUCAGCUUACUGAUCUUGCUCUUAACGUUGAUUAUCUUAAUCAAAAGUUGGGUGCCACACCAGUCAUUGUAAAGGAAGGAUCAAUUGGUUCUUUACUAGUGAAAUUUCCCUGGAAGCUUAGAAAUUGUGAGAUUGAAAUAGAAGAACUUGAGCUUAUCCUUGCUCCACGUGUGGGGCAUGAUAUCCCAGCUGCAGCUGAAACUUGUAGUUCUAGUCAAGACUGUAAACAGUCUGUUCACAAUUCCUCAGACAAUGUCGAGAACCAAACGGCAAAUAAUGCUGCAGCAUCUAUUUCCCUGGAUGUUCACGAAGGAGUUAAAACGAUUGCCAAGUUGGUCAGAUGGUUGCUUGCAAGUUUCCAUGUAAAGAUAAGAAACCUAAUUGUUGCAUAUGAACCUUGUUCAGAGGAGGAUGAGAAAAGAUCAGGAUCACAUAGAGCUUUGGUUCUUCGUAUUACUGAGACAGAAUAUGGAACAUGUGUCUCUGAAGAAGCCAAUGCAAGUUCAGCUGCAAAAUUUGACAGUUUUCUUGGAAUUUCAAGAUUGACAAACUCUCUGAAGUUCGAAGGAGCAGUAAUUGAACUUCUUCAUAUGGAUGAUAUUGACAACCAGACACAAAGUCCAAGUGCUUCAGGAGCAGCGUUCAGUGAAUGUUAUACGGGAAGGUCCACUUCAGAUGUAAAUGCUCCUAUUUUGACUGGGGAAGGUGGUGGUUUCUCAGGGAAUAUGAAAUUAAGUAUACCUUGGAAAAAUGGUACCCUGGAUAUUCAGAAACUGGAUGCAGACAUCUGUAUUGAUCCUGUGGAAAUAAGACUUCAUCCAAGCACCAUAAUGUGGAUGAUAUGUUUGUGGGAAUCUCUCAAGAAUUUGGACAAAGAUGAAGGUCUUGCAUACAGUAAGGGUACAAAUUCUGUUUAUCACAAUUCGGCAUCUCAGUUCCAUCCUUCUACCAUCAGUUCUGCUGUAGUAGCUACAGAUAAGGUGACACAAUGGAGUGAAGGUGGUUUCCCACUGGACUUUUUCCCACAAACAGGUUUUGAAACGACAAUUGAUCCAUUAUUACAAGGGUCACAUGUUAUACCGGAUUGGGUACCACUUUACGCCCACAAAAACCUAAAUGACAGAACAGAAGCAGCACCAGAUUUUGGAGCAAGUGUAGAUCAGUUUUUCGAGUGUUUUGAUGAACUGCGACAUUCCCAAUCAGCUUUAGGCAGCAGUGGUGUAUGGAACUGGACUUGUUCUGUAUUUAGUGCAAUUACUGCUGCAUCCUCCCUUGCUUCUGGAUCAUUGAAUAUUCCUUGUGAACAGCAACCUGUCAGAACAAAUCUUAAGGCAACCAUUGCUGGGGUUGCCGUUGUGCUUUCGUUGAAUGAUGAAGGCCAGAAGUAUUCAUGUGAUAAGAUUGGCAACCCUGGAAAUGUUGGUCGAAAUGUACAUUUUCUUGGUAUGAACUGUCAAGACAUACUUCUUGAUUUGCAGAUUUGUUCUCACGAAAUGAAGUUUGAAGCGAUUGUAAAGCAUAUCGAACUUGAUGAUUACUUCUAUUUUGGAAAUAAUGCUGAUAGUAGUCAGAAUAGUGCUCGAAGUCAGGCUCUUUUAAUCCAGCAUUUGCAGGCUGAGCUUGAAGGUGCUCUCCCUGCGUUCACUUUGCCCCAAGAUCCUGAGUCAGAAAAAUCCGAAAGAAAAGGGUUUAGGCAUCAAACCUUCCAGGAGGAUGAUUUAGUCAAAAUCAAAUUGCUGAGGACUUCAAGUGUCAGUCACUGCCAAUUCAGUAUGACUUCAAGUUAUGGGGAUGACAGGUCGAUGCCUUCAUCAUCUUUUUCUGUGAAGCUGCCACCAUUUGUUUUCUGGGUGAACCUCAAUCUGCUAAGCAUGCUUUUGGAUCUGUCAAAGGAAGUCAGCGAGUCUUUCGAUACAAAGAAUAUCAAUAAAUUCAGUGAUAUGCACAACUCAACAUGUUCGGGGAAUCUCAAAAGAAGUGACCCUGGUGUUAAAACUUUGGCUUCAAAAGGAUCUUUGCAGGGAAAUAUAGUUCUCUCUAAUGCGAGGUUCAUUUUGUGUUUUCCCUGUCAUGAGGGAGAUGGUAGUCACUAUACAUCCUGGGAUCAAUUCGUUGGUAUGGAUAUAUCCCUACCAUUGAGCCAAGAAAAAGUUGCUGAUGCAAAAGCUCAACGUGGUCAUUCUUCUAAAUCCUCCAGCUCCAUCCAUUUGAAUGUAGGAAACCUUGGUAUUUACUUGAUCAGUAAAUUUCAUUAUGAUGAUAGGGGCAACUCUCUGCCGUUGAAGCCCACUUAUUCUGUUCACAAGGUUCUUAAUGUCAUCAGCAAAGUGAGUUCUUUAUCUGGCCUUAGUAUAAUUUGGCAGGAUGGACCUGUAACUGGACCUUGGAUAGUAAAGCGAGCUCGAAACCUAGCUACUUCACAGGAUUCCGGAAGCAGAAAUAAAGUGAGAGGUAAAGGUUACGAGUUUGCAUCUGUGACAGCAGUAGGAGAUUUGGAUGAUAUAAAUUCUCGCACCCGACAAGAGAUAAUUUUAAGCUCUUCAGUUUUUGUGCACAUUCGUCUCUCUUCUGCUUCAAUUGAUCUUGGUAGUUUGCAGUAUCAGAUUUUAAACCGGCUUCUAAAUCAAGCCGUGGAUGUGUUAUCAUGUAAAGUAAGUUCAAAUAUGGCACCAAGAGAUAACAACAUUUCAACGAAAGCGGAUUCUGCAUCUCAAACAUCAAUUCUUGUGGAAUGUGAUGCUUUGGAGAUUUUGGUUAAGUUGAACAAGGUAGAGGAUAUAAAAUGCUCAACACAGAAGGAACUUUCAGGUUCCUGGCAUUCUGCUAAACUGAGAAUUCAAAAGUUUGAGUUGCUGUCUGUGUCAGAUCUUGGAGGAAUCAAGGAUUCCAGUUUCACUUGGCUAGGCCAUGGUGAAGGUGAGUUGUGGGGGUCCGCUGAUAGUUCCCCUGGUCACGAGUUUCUCCUGAUCUCUUGUAGCAACUCUACUAGGCGACGAGGUGAUGGAGAAGGUGCUAAUGCAUUGUCUUUAGGUUCUGCUGGCACUACAGUUUUUCUUCUGAAGGAACCAAAUAUCUUUCACAGUUUCACAUCAAUUACUGUUAGAUGCGGCACAUUAAUUGCUCCUGGCGGUCGAGUGGAUUGGUUGGAUGCAGUAUGCUCCUUUUUCAGUUUGCCUUCACCUGAGAGGGAACAAGGGAAAACUGAUAGUGCCCAAGAGGGUUAUUCUGAAAAUACUGCUGCUUAUGGAGAAUCUUUUGUUCUAAACCUGGUGGAUGUUGGGCUAGUUUAUGAACCUCACGUCAACAAUUUGGUGGGCAGUGGUUCUACUAGUUCUAUUGAAGAAUCAGUGGAACAGUAUGUAGGAUGUCUCCUAGCUGCAUCAUCUGUAGAUAUUUCAAGUCAAACGCUAGCAAGUGCUGUAGAGAAUGACCACAAAAUUAGAGUGCAAGAUCUAGGGCUUCUUAUUUGUAAAUUGUCUGGUCAGAAGAAUCCUAAACGGAUCUAUGAUGUUAAAUAUCUUCGCCGGGCAGGCUAUGUUAAGGUAGCGGGCGAGGCCCUUGUGGAAGCAGUUCUGCGAACAAACUGCAAGACUGGUCGUCAGUGGGAACUAGAUGUCUCCGAUUCUCACAUUAACUUGGAUACCUGCCAUGAUACCACAUCUGGUUUGAUCCGUUUGGUUGCUCAACUCCAGCAGCUUUUUGCACCUGAUAUGGAGGAGUCAGUAGUGCAUUUGCAGACCAGGUGGAAUACUGUUCAGCAGGCAUUAAAUCGGCAUGAUAGCACUACUGAUUCGAAGGACUGUGAUGUCUCUCUCUCUUCAUCUUCUGAUACGCUUUCAGUGAACAAAGAUGCAAUGUGUAACGGAAAAAAUGGUGUGGUUGGACUAAUGGAUGAGAUAUGCGAAGAUGCUUUUAAUCUGCAUGGAAAUGGUGCCAGUUCAUCUGUUCAACGCGACCUGCAGUGUCAAGAUUCAUUUGAUGGAGCUCUUCUUGUGGGGAUGUGCAACUUAAAUGUCAGCGAACCUGAGUUUUUCUCUCAAAACUUUCCCGUCAGUGAGGCAAAUCCCAGAGGGCUAGAAAGUACUCAAGCAUCAUCUCUGCAGAAAGAUUGUUUUCCUGACCUAAUAGAGGGUUAUUACUUUGCUGGGUUAUGUCCUCUUCCAGAGAUAUCUGACAGAAACAGUUCACCAGUUACAGGUAUUAAGUCUCUCUCAAGCAAUAAAAAUCUUGAAAAAAAUCGGUCUGGGAAUAAUGGAUGGUAUCAGAACACCUCUCUGAGAAUCGUCGAGGAUCAUAUUCCUGAUAUCGUUGAAAAUCCAACACGGGAACAAUCUAAAGGAGUAGACAAGAUUUCUACUACAAGUUGUAAAAUUUCUGAUGAGUUUGGCAUUUCAAAGGGACGAGUGCAUCUUAUGAAAAUCGACGUCAGAUGGAGAAUGUUCGCAGGAUCUGACUGGCACAUCACAAGGAAAGAUAAUAUGCAUACUACGAAAACGGGUGGAAGAGAUGCAACCACCUGUCUAGAGCUUUCGUUAUCUGGAUUGAACGUUCAAUAUGACAUGUUUCCUGAUGGGGACAUAUGCGUAUCAAAGCUUUCUAUAUCAGUUCGCGACUUUAGUCUUUACGAUAGAAGCAAAGAUGCACCUUGGAUCACGGUGUUGGGAUACUAUCAUUCAAAAGAUCAUCCUAGAGAAUCCUCAGCAAAAGCGUUCAAGUUGGACCUAGAAUGUGUCAGACCAGAUCCUUUGACCCCUCUCGAGGAGUAUCGGUUACGCCUUGCUUUUCUACCUAUGCUAUUGCAUCUUGAUCAAGACCAACUGGAUUUCCUCAUCAGCUUCUUUGGAAACUCAUCAGCUGAGCAGCUUCCAAAUCUCCCUCAUGAUUUGCAAAGGUCAAGUACUCUGCCCAAUUAUGAGAAUGAUUUUGAGGUGAAUACAGUUGCAGAGGAAGCGCUGCUUCCUUACUUCCAGAAAUUUGACAUAUGGCCUGUUGUUUUUCGAGUCGACUAUAAUCCUCGCCGUGUUGAUCUAGCAGCUUUAGGAGGAGGGAAUUUUGUGCACCUGGUUAAUCUAGUUCCCUGGAAGGGGAUUGAGCUAGAGCUCAAACACGUACAUGCUGUUGGGAUAUAUGGCUGGGGUAGUGUAUGUGAGACGAUUGCCGGCGAAUGGUUAGAAGAUAUUUCACAUAAUCAGAUCCAUAAGCUUUUGAAAGGCCUUCCUCCUAUUCGAUCAUUACUCACUGUUGGUUCUGGUGCUGCUAAGCUGGUUUCCUUACCAGUUAAGAAUUAUAAGAAAGAUCAUAGGUUACUCAGUGGAAUCCAAAGAGGGGCUCUAGCGUUUUUGAGAAGUAUUUCACUUGAAGCUGUUGGACUAGGAGUACAUUUGGCUGGUGGAGCUCAUGACAUCCUUCUCCAAACCGAAUAUAUUCUUACAAGAACACCGCCAUCUGUUCCCUCUUCGGGCAGAAGUAAAACAAAGACAAGUGUGAGAUCUAAUCAACCUAAAGAUGCACAACAAGGGAUCCAACAGGCUUAUGAGAGUCUCAGUGAUGGCCUAGGGAAAACAGCAUCUGCUCUGGUUGGAACUCCAUUGAAGACUUACCAGCGCGGUGGUGGGGCAGGAUCCGCAUUGGCAAGUGCUGUUUGUGCAGCUCCUGCUGCUGCCAUAGCUCCUGCCUCUGCUGCUAUGCGUGCUGUACAUUGUGCUCUUCUUGGUUUCAGAAAUAGCCUGGAUCCUGAACGGAAGAAGGAAUCCCUGGAGAAAUACUUAGGUCCUAAUCAUCCUCAAGGAAACAGUUGACGCAUUUAUAGGAAUUCUAUGGUUUUGGAAGCAUCUGGAUCUUCGAAAAACUCUUGAUUAUUCCAGUAACAUUGUAUAUUGUGUACAGUCGAAUUUGAGAAGAUUCUUUCUUAUAUAGUGAAAUAUAUAUUACAGAAGGUGUAAAUAUGUUAAUAGGUAAAUCGCGGUUAGAUUUUCGUCUCCUAUGUUGCAGAGUGUGAGUCUUUUGUAGUUUGGUGGGUUUUGAGAGAGGUUUGUAUAAAUCAGAAUCAAUGUAUAUAUCUUAGAAGUGCCGCUGAUUGAUUGCGUUCUUUUCAAA